AUGGGAAUGUACUCUUCUUUCCCAGACGGAAACCUCACAGACUUCCACCUCAUGCACCACGGGCACUUUGCCUUCCGCGGCGCCGCGCUCACCAUUGUCGAGGUUACCGCUGUCACUCCAAACGGCCGCUCCUCCCCCUCUGAUGCGGGCCUUUGGCAUGAUAGUCAGAUCCCUUCUUACAAACGCGUCGUCGACUUCAUCCACAGCCUGGAAACCCCCGCAGGAGGGCAAGCCAGAAUAGGCAUCCAACUAGGCCAUGCAGGCCGCAAAGCGAGCAUGAUGCCCAUCUACCCUGGACACCCCGUCGUUCGCGCCGAGAAAGCCGACGGCGGAUGGCCUCACGAAGUCUGGGGUGCGAGUCCAAUACCCUUCAAGGAGAAUUACAUCACACCGAAAGAAAUGACAGUAGAUGAUAUCCAAGAGGUUGUGAAAGCAUUCGGCGCCGCAGCGAAGAGAGCCGUGGAGGCAGGAUUCGACUUUAUUGAGAUCCAUGCUGCGCAUGGAUACCUCAUCUCCUCCUUCUUGUCCCCCAUCUCGAACACGCGCACGGAUGCCUACGGCGGGUCUUUCGACAACCGCGUCCGCUUUUUAGUGUCCGUCGUUCGGGAAAUCCGCGCAAAUAUUCCAAACACCACGCCCUUCUCCGUGCGCAUCUCAGCAGUGGACUGGAUGGCCCAUUCCCCCUCCACACCGCAAUGGACACUCCCCGACUCCAUCUCCCUCGCGCUGCUUCUCGCGGACGAAGGCGUUGAUGUGCUCGACGUCUCCUCGGGGGGAAAUAAUGUGGAGCAAGUGAUACCCAAGGACGAUGCGUUGUACCAGGUCAAUCUCGCUAAGGAAAUCAAGACGGCACUUCAGAAGCACGGAAAGAGUAUGUUUGUCGCGGCCGUAGGGCGGAUCGCUGAUGCUGCUACUGCGCAGAAGGUAGUCAGCGAAAAGCAAGCGGAUCUUACGUUUGUGGCGACGGAGUUUUUGCGAGAUCCGAACUUGGUGCACAGGUGGGCGGAGGAGCUGGGUGCGAGUGUUGAGUGGCCGCGGCAGUAUGUAAGGGCAGAUAGACAGGCGCGGGCGAAGAUGGGGACGCUGUAG